AUGACGGAAAACAAAGAAUCCAAAGAAACAAAAUUUAAAGAAUUGGUAUCCUACAGUGAACCGGCUCUUCGCAAUAAUUCUUCAGUCGUCGAAUACUGCCGUACUUCAAUGUCUGCUUUAUCUGGGUGUACUGCUGGCAUUCUAGGCUUGACUGGACUAUCUGGAUUCAUAUUCUACAUAUUUUCCGUUUUAGCAUUAUGGGGUUUGUUGUUGUUCAAAGCAGGAAACUUGUGGCAAAAAUAUUUUCUUAACAGACAUAGUCUAUUAACUGGAGGUUUUUUCAGUGGACUUUUUACAUAUGUAUUAUUUUGGACGUAUCCUUUUUUAAUUGAAUCAUUGUUUUUAUAA